AGAGAUGCACGCGUAGUGGCAGCGCUGAUAAAAAAUAAAAAAAAAACAAGAAAACAUUCAGCGCAUACAAAUAUGAGAACAUUAGUGCAAAAUUUGUUGUUAUAGUUUAUAAUACAAUUUAGUAGUAUUUUUUGUUUUUGUUUUCUAUGCAAAUGCAUUGUAUGCACAAUUUGAGCGCGACGUGUUGUAACGCUACAUGGUAAAAGCCCAGGCCAAGGCGCGCGUCGAACGUUGAGCAGCGUAAUCUCCACCAACAAACGUCGUCUAGAAUUUUGGUUUGGCCAACGUUUAAUGGAUGACACAUCAUCAUGGGAAAAUUAUUAUCAAAAAUUUUCGGCAACAAAGAAAUGCGAAUUCUUAUGCUCGGCUUGGACGCUGCUGGCAAAACAACGAUUCUCUAUAAACUGAAACUAGGUCAAUCUGUAACAACGAUACCAACGGUGGGUUUUAACGUGGAGACAGUAACGUAUAAGAAUGUUAAAUUCAAUGUCUGGGAUGUUGGCGGGCAGGAUAAAAUUCGACCGUUAUGGCGGCAUUACUAUACAGGCACACAGGGUCUAAUAUUCGUUGUGGAUUGCGCAGAUCGCGAUAGAAUAGACGAGGCGCGCACUGAACUGCAUAGGAUAAUUAAUGAUAGGGAGAUGCGUGAUGCCAUUAUAUUGAUAUUUGCUAAUAAACAGGAUCUAGCUGAUGCAAUGAAACCCCAUGAAAUCCAGGAAAAACUAGGCUUAACUAGAAUAAGAGAUCGCAAUUGGUAUGUCCAGCCAUCAUGUGCCACAAGCGGCGAUGGGCUCUACGAGGGUCUGACGUGGUUAACAUCUAAUCAUAAAUUAUGAGAAUCAUAAUAUACCCAGACUCCCCCCUCCUCAGCCACCCACACGUAUUUUCUUUGUAUGGCUUAUAUACAUUUAUGUAUUAUUCGAAACGAAAAACAAAAUUAUUAUAUUUUUUAUUUAUAUAAAAAACAAAACAAAAUAGAAAACAAAAAAAAACUACAAAAACAAAGAAAACAUUAAGCACCCAACAUAAACAUUGAACAGAACAGAAAUUAACUAAAGUUGUAAACA